UUACUUCACGAAUAAAAUUUGCGAACGCACCGCAUUUUGAAGAGAAGACGAUACACCGCAAAGUGCCUAACUUAACCUAUAAAAAUGACAGAAUUAUAAAAAACAACACAACAAUUGAAAGUAGUGUGUACUAAUAUAAUUAGUAACAGUUAAAAAUGGCACGAAACGCAGAGAAGGCUAUGACAACACUUGCUCGUUGGAGAGCAGCUCAAAAUAACGAAGGUGCAAAGAAAGAACAGGAGCGUAGGCCAUACCUAGCAUCAGAAUGCAGAGAUUUACGUAAGGCAGAAAAAUGGAGAAUGCAAAUAAUUCGGGAAAUUGCAAAGAAAGUUGCGCAAAUUCAAAAUGCUGGGCUUGGUGAAUUUCGCAUUCGUGAUUUAAAUGAUGAGAUCAACAAAUUGCUUAGAGAAAAACGACAUUGGGAAGCACAAAUAAAAGAGCUUGGUGGACCUGAUUAUUCUAGAGUAGGGCCUCGCAUGUUAGAUCAUGAAGGACGCGAGGUUCCUGGUAAUCGAGGAUAUAAAUACUUUGGAGCUGCCAAAGAACUACCAGGUGUUAGGGAAUUAUUUGAGCAAGAACCACCACCACCCCCUCGAAAAACUCGCGCAGAAUUAAUGAAGGACAUUGAUGCAGAUUAUUAUGGUUACAUGGAUGAUGAUGAUGGUAUUCUAGUACCACUGGAACAAAAAGCCGAACAAGAAGCGAGAGAAAAAUACAUCAAGGAAUGGAUAUCCCGUGAAAAGGAACCAGAAGCCAAUGUUGAAACAACAUCGCAAAAAUCAAUUCCUUCUCAGCAAGAUAUUCAGGAAGCUCUAUUGAUUAGAAAAAAGAAAGAGUUAUUGGAGAAAUAUGGACUGGACGAAAGUUUGACCUGAAAUGUGUUGUGAAAAAAGUCCUGAUUGCGAUAAUAACUAUUCUGACCGGUUUUACCCGCUGAUCUGGAGGGGGAUCCUCUAACAACUGUUUGGUCUAAAUCCACCUUUCACAUGUCUUCAAUGUGUGCAUAUGUAUGUAUAUGUUUAUGUAUGCACUUUUGUUAAUAUUAAAUUGUUAAUAUUAAAUUAUACAAUCUAAGAAUUGUACUAUCAGAUAAAAGAAUCCAUGCAGUUUUCAAUAGGAGAAAUAAAGAAUUAAUUAAAUUUAUAAUUUUUAU